CUUCAAGCGCCUUCCAUCGCCUCCAUCACACCCAUCACAACCAUCACACUUGCGCCUGCAUUCUCAGUCCACUCUGCGCAGAGCAUCUCCUGUCACUUGUCUCGUAUCUUCCAUCGCUCGCCAAGUCGCCACCCGCCCUCCUCGUCGACACGUUCGGCACCGACCUGACUCGGCAACCAACCCCGCCGACUCCGAGUAGCCCCAGGCUACUCUCUCUCAGAUCACACCGCAGGCGCGUCUUUAGCAAGUCGCCUCUGCGUGAUCUGAGUCUCCUCUGCGCAUGCCCAACCUCCACGCCCACUACUACCAUGGCAACGUCAAGGCGUUCCGCCAGGAGCUCGACGGCGCCUCGCCCGCUGCGAACGGGGCGCGGCAGAGCAGCUCGGGCGGACGCUCGUGGACGCUGAGCGGCUUUGUGCCCAAGGCAGACCCCAACGAACGCGAUGCACUUGGGCGAACUGUGCUCCACCUCGCGUCCGCGAGCAACACCCCACAGGCGUAUCAAUUCUUCCAGAUCCUCUUGCGCAACCCCGCCCUCUCGGUCAACCUCCAAGAUUACGAGUCGGGGUAUACGGCCCUCCACCGCGCCCUAUACUCAGGCAACCUACGCGCCGCGCGUGACCUCCUCGCGCGACCAGAUAUCGACCUGUCCGUCACCGAUAAUGAGGGGCUCACGGCCUUUGAUUUGUUCAAUGGCACUGUCGAGGGCACGAACCCUCCUGAUAUUGAUGGCGAUGUUGUAGGCACCGACCUCUAUGUGUGGGGCGUGAACCGCAAUUCGACAUUAGGCCUCGGCGACGCAUCUGCUGAUAAGGCGUUCCCGGACCGCGUCAACCUCUUGACGCAGCGGCAGGCGAGCGACAAUCCCGAUCCCGCUGAGAGAUUCUUCCACGUCGGCGUGCGCGAUGUGCAGAUGGCCAAGCUCCAUACUGGGGUAGUCACCGCUGAGGCGCGCGGCAACAUCAGUCUCUGCGGGUUUGGCUCGGCGGGCCGGCUGGGUCAGAAAACCCACUCGCAGCUCCCUCUCAUUCCCCUCCCCGAUUUCCCCCACACGGUCAUUGCUCUCGCGCUUGGUCCCGACCACACGCUGGCGCUCACGAGCGGUGGUUACGUGAUGACGUGGGGCAGCAACCGAUACUCGCAGCUCGGUUACACCAUCGAGGCGCCCGCCAACCCCUCUCCAUUCGCCAAGGACGACGAGCUCAUUGUCCAGACCACACCAAAACGCAUAGUUGGACCCCUCAAGAAGGAAUGGGUGCGCGGCGUCGCCGCCGGGCGGAUGAGCAGCGCCUGCUGGACCGCCGACGCAGUGUGGACGUGGGGCACAAAUCUCGGACAUCUGGGUUACGAGAAGGCGGCGAACCCAACGCAGAUCAACCCGCGCAAGGUCACGGCUAUCUCGCAGCCGGUGAUCGACGUCGCGUUGUCGGACUACGCGAUGCUCUGCCUCCUGGACUCGAACGAGGUUCUCUGUUUCCACCACGACACACAUUUCAAGGUCAACUUCAGCUCGCCGCAGAAGCCAUUGAAGGGUCCCAAGAACCCUGGUCACGUCAGCAUGGACCCCACAAUCGUCAAGGUGACGAGCUGCGGGCAGACAUUUGCGACGCUGUCGGCGAAAGGCGACGUGUGUACGUUUACACUCCCGCAUCCUUCGGAAGAGGCGACCAAGGAUGUGCGCGACCGGCACGUUAUUGUCAAGCCGCAGAUCCUGUGGGCACUGAGAAAGAGCUUCACGGCCGUCAAGGACUUGGCGCUCGGUCCGGACGGUACCGUGAUCGUCUGCACUAAGAGCGGACACGUGUUCGUCCGGCAGCGCACGAAGGGCGGAUCGGGCGCACUGAAGUUCCGCCGCAUCCCAUAUCUCCAGCGGAUCAUCAAGGUGGCAGCGAACGAGACGGGCGGCUUUGCUGCGAUCCGCGCGGACGCGCGCCCCUCGCCCAUUGCGCUGAAGGGCAAGACGCUCGAGGAGGACAUGUUCUCCCUCCAGCCACAUAUACGGCGGUACGAGAGCCAGAUGACGGCUGCGGACUUUGACGGGCCUGUGGUUCGUCGCAAUACCGAGGACGAGGAGGACGAGGGAAGCAACUCGGUACAUCACGACAUCGUGGUGGCAACGCAGCUGUGCCGUAUCCUCGACCGCUGGCAGGGCCACAACUCCGACUCGUUGUUCGCAUGGUCCGAGCCAUUACUGGGGAGCGACGUGUCGAUCACCGUGGGCGAGUACGUGAUCCCUGCACACAGCGUGGUGCUGUGCCUCCGCACGGCAGUGUUCGCGCGUGUACUGUCUGGCCAGGCAGUCGAGGGCUUGAAACUGGCAGCGGAGGACGGGCGACCGGCGAUACAGAUGGACGCGUGCCACCCGCUCGUGGCGCUCCUUCUUCUCCAGUACUUGUACUCGGACGAGAUGGCCGCAGUAUGGGACUCGCGCGUCGUAUUUGCGCUGCAGACAAAGUUCCCCAACAUGACCCUCCCAAUUGUAGACAUCAAGCGCGACAUUAGGCGGUUCGUGGACGUUUUGGAAUUGGCGCCGCUCAAGCCUGUACUGGAACUCGCGUCCAAGACUGCCAUCAGCACCAAGACGCUGCCAAGCGACCUCGCGACCUUUUUCGCCCAGUCCUCGACGCCGCCAUCUGAGGUUUGCGACAUAGUCGUUGUCCUGGCAGACCGGGAGGUGUCGGUGAACUCGGCGCUGCUCCGCGCGCGCUGUCCCUUCUUCGAGGCGAUGUUUGCCGAUCGCGACUGGACGCUGCGGCGAGAGCACGACGGCAAGGUCAUCGUGAACAUGGAGCACCUGCGUUGGCGGCCGAUGAGGCUCGUCUUCCGCUUCAUCCACGAAGGCCUGGAGGACGAUCUCUUCGACUACCUGCACCAGGAGACGCUGGACGAGUUCCUCGACUUUGUGUUCGAGGUGCUCGCCGCCGCGACUGAGCUGCUGAUGGACCGCUUGGUGUUGGUAUGCUCGCGCGUAAUCGCGAAGCACUGCAACCCGUUUAACGCGGCCGCGCUCGCAGUCGAGGCGUCGUUCUACCGCGCCGCAGCGCUCAGGACUAGCAUCUUCGACUACAUCUCGGCGUGUAUGGAGACGAUGCUCGAGAGCGGGCUGCUGGACGACAUGGACGACGACGUGCUCCGCGAGCUGUCCAAGACAGUCGCCGUGAAGCAGGGGGACAAGGCUGUUGUCCCGCGCUCCAACAUCCUUGUCGACGAACUUAUGGUCAAACACCGCGAGUGUGCCGCGUGUGCGGCAGGCAUAUAA